GUGACUAGCGAGUAGUGACUGUAGUUCAUUUUUAAUAGAUACGUCCCACAUUCUAAAAUAUUUUGUAUAAUGUAUAUCUUUAUUCAUUACAUGUACCUAUCUUGAAUCAUGAUUUAAAUAUUGACCAUAUUUCCUUUUUUUAUGUAGUAUGUACCAAAGCGAUUAUUGAAUCAAACUAUCAAAUAAAAAUUGUAUUGUCUAUUUAAUCUUUAAGCAAAACUUAAAACUACCAAAAACAGUAGAAUCUUCAGAAGUGCAGAAAGUGAGCAAAUCGGUAUCGCCUAUCAAAUUCACAGUUCUAGAAUUCAAAAGUAUACAUCUCGUGACUCGUCAUUUUGUUUAUAGUAGACUGCAGUUUCUAUAGUUUUGAGAAUAGUAAUCACUGAAAUGGAAUUAAACACUAUGUAUGAUAUAAAUAUAAUUAGUCAAGUUAACAAAGACUUAGGAUUAUUUAUUGUUGUUGAAAAAUUUACUAAUAGUUCAACAAGAUAUUUUCAAGACUAUUAUAAACGACUUUUAAAUUUUCACAAUUGUAGUGAGUGGUUUGAAAAAUUUGACUAUCCUAUUAUUGAAAUUGGAAAGGUAGUAAUUGCUCAAGUUAAUAAAAACCUAUGGGCACGCGGUAUUAUAUCAAAAUGUCAUGAUCAUAAUAAUUUAUAUCCUGAAAUUUAUUUAAUCGACUCUCAGAGAUUCACUGACAAAGACAAUAAGUUUGAAUUGAGAACAUGUCCACCCAAAUUGUUGCAGCUUAUAGUUCCAACCUAUUACAUUAAUAUAGAUCUUUGUUUAGAUGAUGAUGAUUUAAAAGCUGCAAUUACAAUAUUGAUAAAGAAAAAUCAAUAUGGUGAUUUGAGUUUCAGUUUUAUUCCUAAAUCUUUUGAAAAUAAUAUUUAUUCAGGUGAAUUAUUCGUAAACCUUAAAGUUAAUAAUUUGUAUACACCAUUAAAAAAAGUAUUGAAAAAUUUCCAUACAAAAAAAAUUUUUGAAGACAUUCCCCAGUACAAAAAGUAUCAAUGUUCAAUUUUCAAUCCAAUAGAAUUAAAAUAUUUGAGAAAUAUUUUUAUACCAAGGGAACCAAGUAAUAUGGUAUUUUUAGAGAAUAAUCUAAUUUCAAGUUGCUGUGACUUAAGUGUUCUUAAUGAUUCAAAUACAAAUCUGUCAUAUAAUUCUGCAAAUGAAAUUUCCUCAAACUCUAACUACUCAGAAAAUAUCUGUUUUAGUGAUGACCCAGAAUUAGAAAUUCAAAAAUUAGAUAUUAAUUGUACUACUCCAAUAGCAAAACAAAAAGUUUACUCUUCGAAUUGUUCUUUGAUGAGUAAAAGCAGCUCUUCUUUACAAUCAUUAACUUCUAAUAAUUAUAAUUGCUCUAUGCCAGAAAUAAAACAAUGUAACGAUUUUACUAUGAUGAAAAUGUCUAAAUUGAAAGACACUGGUUCUCAGCAGAAUAACAAGUCAACUUUAACCCAUAAAAUAUUAGAAACACCUACAAUAAAAUUAAAAUCAAAAACCAACGUAAAAACUAUAAAUACUUCAAUGGAAAAUUCAGAUAUAUGGUGGUCUGAUGAUGAAGAGAGUUAAAAACUCCUUGAUUAUACUAUGAAAUAAGAGAAAAUUAUUGUUUUUACUAAUUUUAGUAUUUUAAUACUUUUUAACUAAAUAUAAAAUAUAAUAGUGAUGGACCAAUUUUUGUUACAUUUACCAUUUACUACAAAAAGUACCUAAUUAA